AACGCAAGAAAUUAAUUGAAGCAUGGAGAGAAAGAACAAGGACCUCUGGUCCUUUGGCCGGGAUGACGACGACAGCGAUAAAUCGUCCGAAGACGAGACUCCUUUCUCGACCAGGUCCUCGAGCAGCUCCAGCGAGAGCAGCAGCGAUAGUUCCGACGAGAUGGCCCAGUCCAGCGAAAUGGAGAACAUCCCCAUCCAAGAAGGCAGUUAUGAUAUAAUAUCCAAGAGCCACCUGCUGCAGUUUGUGCAGAAAAUCGACGGUAGUUGCUCGCUGGACGAUCAGGGCAGCGAUAUGUUGGCCAAAAUUGCCGACUCAUUCGCCGAUGAUGUCUCCAUGCGCAUGGUCAAGUUGGCACAGUUCCGAAAAAGCCGGGUGGGCCUGUUGGAUUUGAAGUUCAUCCUCAAACGCGAAUACAACAUGGAGUUCCCCAACGAAUAAAUGAGAAAUAAAUCAUGUACUAUCUUUAAUUUUAAGUUGGAGAA